CCAGCGCCGGGCGACGAGCGCCGGCUCGAGUGCGUGCUGCGCCGGCUACGCGCCGCGCGACGCUCGCUCGACGUCUGCGUGUUCGUGCUCAGCUGUCCGGAGCUGGCGGCCGCUGUGGCCACCGCCAGCCGCCGUGGCGUGCGCGUCCGAGUCAUUCUGGACGAGGAGAUGUCGACGUGUACCGGUAGCCAGCUGCAGCAGCUGCGGCGCAUCGGCGUCCCCGUGUUCGUCAAGCCCAAGCCGUUCCUCAUGCACCACAAGUUCGCCGUGGUGGACGACGAGGUGCUGGUGUGUGGGUCGUUUAACUGGACCCGACAGGCGGCGCUCGGCAACAACGAGGACGUCAUCAUCACCAACAACCCGCAGCUGGUGCGGCCGUUCGUUGGCGAGUUCCACAAGCUGUGGGCGAUGAAGGAGAAGUGAUCGGCUAAGUCAAUAAAUGGAGUUAUUCAGUUU